UGGCGGAUUAAUCCAUUCCACUUGCCCCAAUAUAAAAGCAGGGAUAUUCUCCCGUUGCAAAAAUUAUUCCUAUUUGUAAUCGAGCAAUUGUGUCAGUGUUAUGAAUGUGCGUGUUUUCUCAGUUAAUCAAUCACAGAUCGCCAUGAAACCAACAAAAAUGUAAAGUCAGCCGAAGAAAAAAAAAAGCUUAUUCCCGUACGGCAGGGACCCCUAAAAGAAGUCGGAAUGUCAUUAUGUCAUUCAAAAGCGACACCAGCCAUCCUCAGAACGAGGCGACAAGCUGACAGCGUCAGAACGAGGCCACAGGUUGAUAGCCUUGAAGGAAAUGACGCAAUAAGCAGGAUGGCUGGUGCCACUAUGGGAUGGAAAAUGGCCUACGGCUUCAUGGCCAAGCGUUUCUCUGAAUGGCUGGCCGACGCACAGGAAGGCUUACAGAGAAGCGAUAUUUUCAAAUAUUAUCUCAGCGAAAAAUCCAUCCUUAUUGACUUUAUCACAUCUGUCCAUUUGACUGACAACGCGUCAUUGUCAUGUCACACAAAAUGGCAGAAAGCAAGGGCUGCUACUCUCAAUUUAGAGAGAAAGAUUUCUUACAAAAGCAAGUUGCAGAACUCUCUAGAAUACUCGUUGGCAAAACAAACGGACAAAAUAUUUGGUCAAAGAACAACAUUCCCGAAGGUUGGCCAUCAGAUGUUCAGUGGAAAAAUCCAACCUCAUCACCAAAAGAUACACUGGAUGUAUUAAAGCUUAAAUUUGAUUGGUUGAGAUCCAAGACUCGUCAUUUACUUGCUAAAGAACAAAUUCAACUUUUUGAUUUUUACGAUGAAGGAAACAAAACAAAAUUGAUAACUUUUAUAGAAAUACACCAGAAAUAUUCAGAGCUUAGAAAUUUGAAUGCGUACUUAGAAUUCAACACAGCACUGAUUUCAAAUGUUGUAAAGUAUUUUCCAGAAAUACAAACAUAUCUAGUCAUAGAAAUACAGAAACUUCUAAACAAAUUUAAUUCUGAGCAAAAAGUCAAACUAUUACCUGUUAGUGAGAAUUUCACUAUUUUGAAGUCAUCACCAUCAAUGUCAGAGGAGAGUGACGCUGUAAUCGAUACCUCUUGGCUCAGUGACUCAAUGACAAAAUGUUCAAGUCUAAACACAAGUCAGUCUAUGUCAAAACUUAAGGGUCAAAUUUUACAACAUUUGAAAUUAAAGUCUCCAGAGGCACGACCAGAAAGGACUGCAGCCCGAUUGUUGACACCAUCGGAAACACUUUUGUUGACACCAUCAGAAACACAUUUGUUAAUACCAUCAGAAAUACAUUUAACACCAUCAGAAACACUUUUGUCAACACCGUCAGAUGCACAUUUAACACCAUCAGAAACACUUUUGUUAACUUCACCAGAAACACAUUUAACACCAUCAGAAACACUUUUGUUAACAUCACCAGAAACACAUUUAACACCAUCAGAAACACGUUUGUUAACAUCACCAGAAACACUUUUGUUAACACCAACAGAUGCACAUUUAACACCAUCAGAAACACUUUUGUUAACACCAUCAGAAACACUUUUGUUAACACCAACAGAUGCACAUUUACCACCAUCAGAAACACUUUUGUUAACAUCACCAGAAACACUUUUGUUAACACCAACAGAUGCACAUUUAACACCAACAGAAACACUUUUGUUAACAUCACCAGAAACACUUUUGUUAACACCAACAGAUGCACAUUUAACACCAUCAGAAACACUUUUGUUAACACCAUCAGAAACACUUUUGUUAACACCAACAGAUGCACAUUUAACACCAUCAGAAACACUUUUGUUAACACCAACAGAUGCACAUUUAACACCAUCAGAAACACUUUUGUUAACACCAUCAGAAACACUUUUGUUAACACCAACAGAUGCACAUUUAACACCAUCAGAAACACUUUUGUUAACACCAACAGAUGCACAUUUAACACCAUCAGAAACACUUUUGUUAACACCAACAGAUGCACAUUUAACACCAUCAGAAACACUUUUGUUAACACCAACAGAUGCACAUUUACCACCAUCAGAAACACUUUUGUUAACACCAUCAGAUGCACAUUUACCACCAUCAGAAACACUUUUGUUAACACCAACAGAUGCACAUUUACCACCAUCAGAAACACUUUUGUUAAUACCAACAGAUGCACAUUUAACACCAUCAGAAACACUUUUGUUAACAUCACCAGAAACACAUUUAACACCAUCAGAAACACUUUUGUUAACACCAUCAGAUGCACAUUUACCACCAUCAGAAACACUUUUGUUAACACCAACAGAUGCACAUUUACCACCAUCAGAAACACUUUUGUUAAUACCAACAGAUGCACAUUUAACACCAUCAGAAACACUUUUGUUAACAUCACCAGAAACACAUUUAACACCAUCAGAAACACUUUUGUUAACAUCACCAGAAACACAUUUAACACCAUCAGAAACACUUUUGUCAACACCAUCAGAAACACUUUUGUUAACACCAACAGAUGCACAUUUACCACCAUCAGAAACACUUUUGUUAACACCAACAGAAACACUUUUGUUAACACCAACAGAUGCACAUUUACUACCAUCAGAAACACCAAAAGCAGGGAACAAAAAUGUGCCAACAGCAUCAAAAACAUCUUUGGUAUUAUCGCCGACAGAAAAUUUAGAACAGUCUUUGAUUUCGCCUCCCAAAGCACCUUUAACGAAUUUAACAGAAGCAGAUUUAAUUGAAAACUUAAAAGAAUUUUUGAUUUUUCCAUCGAGAAAAAAUUUAUUGAUACCAUUAAAAAUAAACGUGUUGGGACCAUUAGAAACACCUUUGCUGACACCAUCAGAAACACCUAUGUGGUCACCAUCAGAAACACCUUUGUUGACACCAUCAGAAACACCUUUGCUGACACCAUCAGAAACACCUAUGUGGUCACCAUCAGAAACACCUUUGCUGACACCAUCAGAAACACCUAUGUUGACACCAUCAGAAACACCUAUGUUGACACCAUCAGAAACACCUUUGUUGACACCAUCAAAAGCACCUAAACCUAGAAAGCAAUCAUCUACAUCUAACGAAUGUAAAGUUCAGUCUCAAAGUAUUUUGAAAAGUAGAUCCGAACUCAAACGGAAAUAUUCUUCCGCGUUUGUAGAGGACAAAGAAGCUGCUAGCAAACAUUUUUGUACAGGAUCACCAGAUGUUUCAUUAUGUCGCAGUGUUGACAGCCACAUUUCCCUAGACAGUGGUGUUGAUUCCGUUGAAACUCCUCUUGGCUCUAAUACACUAUUUGGAGACUGCACCGAGCUCACUAUUAAAAGUCCAAACAGUCAACUGUGGACAACGGAACAGCCUUUACGUCUGAUCAAUUUAGAGAACAUUAAAAAGCAGGAUCUUGAUUUUCUUGGAGAAGAAAACUUUGAUUUUCCAAUACUGAAUGAUGACACAGCGAUUUACGGCAAUCAACUUUUAGAUAGUAACACAUCAAACUGUGAUUUUUCUUAUGAACCGCAUCAACCACACCUGACGUUAGAGUCUGCACUUGAGAGAAGCUUCGAUCCAGAAUUAUUUGACCAAAUAUUAGAUACAUUAUAGUUUUUUUUUAUUAUACUUUUUCUCCAGGGGGGAAUACAUUUUACAUAUUUUUGUACUGUUUAUUGUGCCUUUUUGGGCUGUUUUUGGAUAGACUUUAUCAGUGGCGUCUGGUGUGGUCUGCACCGAGCGACACCGACCUUAGAGACGCCACUGGACUUUGUUAUACUUUUUUUUUUAAAGCUAUCAAGUUUGUAGACAUAUUUAGAGUUAGAAACAUAAAUGAAUAUUAAAACAGAGUUUGGAAAUAAAGUCUACAGACAAAUCAAA